AUGAGUGAAGAGGUAACGAUCAACCAUCCACCAAAAUUAAGAAUCAUACCGCCAUUAAAUUUUUGUCCGGUUGAACAUCAAUUAUAUAGGUCAGGACAACCAACAAUUAUAAAUCAGUCAUUUUUAAAAGAUUUAAACCUUAAGACUAUAAUAUGGUUAGCUACUGAAGAACCACAAGAAGAAUUCUUGGAUUAUUGUUCAAUAAAUAAUAUAAAUCUAGAAUUUGUAGGGAUGAUGGAUGAUUAUAAUUAUAAUUAUGGGUCUAACAUAAACCCUUGGGACACAUUGAGUGAUUCCACCAUACAAAAAUCAUUAGAAAUUAUUUCCAAUAAAGAGAACUACCCAAUUCUAGUAUGUUGUGGUAUGGGAAGACACAGAACAGGUACGAUUAUUGGAUGUUUAAGAAGAUUACAAAACUGGAAUUUAGCUAGUGUUUCUGAAGAAUAUAGGAGGUUCACAGGUGCUAAAGGUGGAAGAAUUCAAGUUGAGUUAUUGAUCGAAAGUUUUGAUAUAAAUUCGAUUGAAAUUGAUCCUAAUAUGACGCCUGAUUGGUUAUUAAAAUAG